CGUCAGCUGGUUCAAGUUGAAUUUAAAAUAAAACACUUGUAAUACUUGUAGAUUCUUUUUUUUGUUGCUGAUAAUUAAUCUUGAGAUGUAUCUAAUAAUUUAACUGAAGAGUAUCAUAACAGCCAUACAUUAGUGUCAAAAUCUCCCGGCUUUUAGUUUAUAUACAUUAAUAUACAUAUAUAUAAAGAAUGGAAAGAGAGAGAGAUAAAGAAAGACGUCAGAAAUCGGUAGUUGAAAUUAAUCGUGAAAGGCCUGAAGAUAAACAGAUACAAUAAAUAUUAAAUUUAAAAUAAUAAAAUAUAUUCAUAUUUUUAAAAAAAAUAAUAAAUAGAAUUGAUGAUAAAAAUAUAAAAUAAAAGUAGGAAUAGAGUUUAAUUGGUUCGAGGCCGCGAUCUCGAUUCGUAUUCGAUUUAACGUCAGAUGAAGACGAUGCUGAUCGUAAGUAAAAGGAUUGAGAUGGUUUAUUCCCGAUCUAUAAACUGUACGAUAGACUAGACAACUUGGACACUUUGGGUAUCGUAGGAUAGUCUUGUAGGUCUUGUACAGUUGAUAGUUUGGUUGUAUUGGUAUUAAGUGUAAGGUAUAAGGUAUAAGGUAGUUGUAUAGGCUCUGCUAAAACGUAUUACGUUACAACAGAUAAAUUUAGCAUUUCUUUCACACAGAAGUUGGUGUUGUAGAUGAUGCCAAUGCCGCGACGCGGAAUUAAUUGGCAUGUUGGAAGCCAACCAAUUCUCUCUUUUAUUCGUAUUCGCGAUCGGUUUCGUUAGAUUUAAAUUUGUUUAAGAUUAAAUUCUUUUAUGUUUUAUCAAACCGAUAGUAUACUUUCUGGGCUCACAUGCGAUUACUUGACUUUAUAACUGAUAUAUUUUAUUUACUCUACUCAGAAAAACAGGAUUUUUGUAUUGCGGAUUUAAAACCAGCUAGUAAAUAUAAUUACGGAAGCAACAUAAUUUACAACUACGCAGUAUCAACAAAUUUAAAAAAUGUUGAAAAUAAACGUUUGAUAUUUCAAACAUCAUCGACAUCAUCACCGCAAACAUCAAACACUAACAAUAUCAGUAUACAGCGGAGUUUUUCCGCAGAUAAUGUUAUAAAAACGCGCGGAUUCAAACCAUCCGACAGACACGAUCCUGUUAAGAGAAAUUUUCUCGAAAAUCUUACCUCGAAAAUACUACAUUUCGAUAUGGAUAGCGGACAGAAAACACUACCAAUAAAUUUACAAAAACUUCUUACCCCUGCAAUGGAUUCAGUCGAUUUGCAGACUAGGCAUAAAAAAAUGUAUGCAUCAUCAUGUUUUUACGGUCCAACUCACCCCACUGUUGAAGAUCAAGUCGAACUCGCUCGGCGAAUUUCUUAUUCAUUGAGCGACGUUAAAAAUAUGAAAAGUAAAGGGCAGUCAAUGUAUGUCAACAGAAAAAAACGAUCUGUCAAAUGGAUUCAUGACGGAAAUGGCGCCGAAGGAGAAGAAGAACCUCAAUCGCCCGUGCACAAGGACAAAGUACCACUGAAGUGCGUAAUGAAUCCAAAUGGAAAAGUAAUGGACAUUACCGGCAUUCAAGCAUUAGGCGAAGAGCCCAAUAUUGGUACGAGUCCAAUAAAUGCUGAGAAACUUUUUGAUAUUGUACGUGAUUUAAACAAUCAGAAAGGACGUGGCGCUGAAAUUUUUGCAAAACGUAGAAAAAGGUCAGAAAAGUGGGUUGUAGAUAAAGAUCAAUCGUCAACGCCAUCCACGCCUAAUUAUUCUAAAGUACCUCCUAAUUUUUCAUCCAAUAUGGACUACGGAACGAACGAAAACUCAAACUUUACUAAUAAUUCACCUUUGUCAACUCCAGCAUUUCAAAAUAAUAAUAAUAAUAAUAAUAAUAAUCAUAACUCAAAACCAUUUUUUAAUCCAUUUGCUAUGGAUUUUUCUUUAGAUAACACAAUACCUUCAACAUUUAAUUUUUCAGAGCACGAAUCACGUCGUAAGCCGACAGAAAAUAUUUUACGCAAGCCCGCGGAACCCGAAAUUAAGAAAAUUUAUUUGCGUGAAGUCGCAGUCGGUACUGACUCUGAUUUGACUAACGGUAAACAUAUGAAUAACAAUCAUCACCAUCAUCAAAAUCAUAAUAAUCACAAUAAUCACAAUAACAAUAACAAUAACAACGGCUAUGAAAAAUAUCGCAUGCCUGAGUCAGAUCGUUAUCAAUCUCAUCCUCAAUCGCGUCGCAAAGCCCAGGCUCAAUAUCACCAAAAUGACUAUCGCGAAGUACGGGACACCCGCAAUAGUGACCGUAAUUAUGACAAUCGUAAUAAUAAUCAUAAUAAUGACACCCGCGAACAUCAUCGUAGUCAGCGUCAACAGCAUAAGCAACAGAAACAUCAGCAGUUAGAAGAAGAACAAGAAUAUGAAGACGAGAAUGAUUACACACCGGUGCCAGUUAAACAACUGAUCCAAGAAUUUGAAAAAACAUGUCGUCCUGUUUUUCAAUACAAACAAAUGAGUCCUAAAGUCACUAUUGUCCAACAACAUCCACCGCUUGAUGACAUUUCGCGCUUUUUUGACGCUCCGCGUAUGCCUGCUAACAAACAAAUCAACAAUAAUAACAAUACUCCUAUGAAUGGAGUCAAUGGGAAUGGAAAUCAAAUAGCAAUGAACGGAAACCAGGUCGGAAUCAAUGGAAACCAUUUGAUGAUAAAUGAAAAUCAAAUGGGAAUGAACGGAAACCACUUGGUGAUGAAUGGAAAUCAAAUGGUGGGCAAUGGAAAUGGUUAUCAAAGAACCUAUCCCAAAAUCGGUUAUCAGUCAAUGGGCGGUAAUGGACUGAGAUACGAGUAUGAUUCAUCAGAUGACGAAAUCGAUGAUUCAUUUGGAGAAUCCAGUGAAUCAAUGGAUAAUUUAAAUAUCGAUGACUAUGAUGGUGGAGGUGUCAGAAAUGGCUCCCGUUAUUCAAAUGGCACAAGAAUCUCUGACCCAAUUAGCAACCGUAUGUCGGGAAUGAGUAAUAGCCGCAUGUCGGGAAUGAGCAACCGAAUGUCAUCAAGUGAUUGCGACUACAGAAGACAAUUAUUUGAUGCUGCUACUGAUCAAUUGUUCGAAGCGCCCGCGGGCUUUAGAAAUGAGGAUAUGGAUAGUAUUAACAAGUUCAUUGAUACAGAAGCUGAAAUACCCAUUCAGAUGAAGUCAUUAAUUCUAAAAGGAAUCACUUCGCAAGAGGAUAUUCUUGAACAAAUAAAGCUGUUGCGCAGAACUCCGGUUCUGGAAAAUUUAAUACCCGGACCGCCAAUUGACAGUAAGAUGCCUUCUUUAGGUGCUAAAUUAUAUGAGAGUACUUACAGCGGGCCUAAAAUAGCAAGUGUCCAAACCCUCGCAAAUUACAACACAGCGCCACGUGGUUGGGAUCAGUCACAAUCCUUCUAUCGUCCUGUGACAUUUGAUAAACCUCAGGAACCAAUAACUUACUCUGAUUUUUAAAUUUUUAAACUUUAAUUGCCUUCUGUUAUUUAAUUCACUUUAAAUCGUUGUACUUAAUCAUUAUCAAUUGCAGCAAUUAUCCAAAUAAAAAUAAUUAUCCCACUGUCAAUCUUCAUUUUAAUUCCCAAUAUGGAUUUUAUUUUCCUGCAACCUGUGAAUAUAAAUAUAUAUAAAUUUAUUUAAUAUGAUGGUAUUUGAAUAAGUGAUAAAUUUGAA